AUGCCAACCCUCAAGAAGUUCUGUUAAAGUGGGAAGAUAAUUGUCAUAGUUCUUCGAUUUUAAGGUGUAUGUAUUUCCCAUUUAAACAGUUCUGAAAUUUUGAUACAUCUCACAGCCAUUGUCAUCUUACAUUGAUUUUUUUCUUGUGAGAUGGUGCAUCUCAAUCAGUUACAUCACAUCUUAGAUUUAAUGAAAUGUGGCAAAUGAUAUUAGUCAUUGAAUUAAGAAAAUUCAUUCUCUUCAUGUUCUUUUCUGUCUGGCCUUGCUCGUACAUGUUGAAUAAUUCCAUGCCCAUCUUGCUUUGCAACCAGGAGCUUCUACCUCACCUUCCUCCACAGAGAGUCAGUGAAGCAUCUUUUUGUUUUUGCAGGUUUUUAUUAACAGACCACAGGCGGAUCUUCCAUCCUUAGAUCUCUAACAACAAAAGGUGUGGUGGGCCCUUUCUUCCUUCCCCAUCCUUUCUAUUCAUCUAGCCUUUGGGGUCCCUCCCUGGGUACUCAGUUUGUCUGACUGUCCCUGGAACCAUUUUUGAGACGUGCUCAUGCCCAGGCCCUUCCCUAAGUGACUGACUAAUAAUACAGGUCUGCCUGAUGGUGUCUCUGGAAAGAGAAGGGAGGAUGGGCAUCCCCUUGCCCUCUUUGUAGAGAGUGGCCAGUUGUUUCCUCAUCCUUCCUACGUAGGACCUGCUGGCUCAGUGACCUAUAAGGGCCAUUUCAGCACUUUCAUUCUGUCUCCAAGGCUUCACCUUAGUAAGAACUUGUACUGUCUCCACCUCUCAGGGUGGUUUAACUCUUUACCGCUGAAGAUCCUUCUUGUCUGGGAUGGGCAAUAUUACCUAGAAGCACACAUGUUCCAGCACCAUGAACGACAGCAAGAGUAACCGAGAGGUGUACCAGCAGUACACAGUCAUGGCCCCCGGGCUGCUGGCCCGCAUCUCCAAACUGCUCAUUGUUUGCCGGAAGGCAGGUAUUUCUGUACCUAAGGGCAUCCGAAACAUCUUUGAGUUCACUUGGGAGGAGCUCAUCACUGACCCCAUGGUGCCUGCCCCAUCUGACAUCCUGGGCCUAGAGGUCAGCAUUGGCGCCCCAGCUGUGGUGCCUGUGGAUUCAGCGUCUGUGCAGGCCCCCAUCGAGAAGAAGCCACCACCCUCAGUACCACCUCUGCCAGUGCUGCCCACAUCUGUGGGGCCAGCCAAGUUCGCCCACUCUCCCACCCCACCAGUGCCCUCCGGCUCGGAGACCCUGCACAGGUUCCAUCGGCAGUCCAUUCACCUGCUGACAGAGCUGCUCACCCUGAAGUUGAAGGCCAUGGUGGAGUCCGUGUCUGGUGCCAACCCCCUGGACAUCACCAGGCGCUUUGUGGAGGCCAGCCGGCUCCUCCAUCUCAGAGCCAAGGAAAUGGCUUUCAACUACCUGAUUGGCACCGUUGGGAGAAGUAGCUGUGGUGUUGGACAGUUGGGAAAAGAGUUCUUUACGAUCGUCUCAGCCAUGGGAGUGAACUUGCCUUACCAGCUUAUCUACGAGUCAUCUACUGGCUGUCUGAGCUUUUCUCUCUCAACUGGGAGGGAAAUCAAGAAGAAAGCAGCCAAAGCAAAACAUCUAGAAGAUGCAGUCAUGUUUUCCCAACAACAAGGAGCCAGGACCUCUGCCUCUGAUAUGAUCGAGUCCAGUGACCCCUGCCCUGAGGCCCGGGAGAAGCUGCAGGAGAUGUGUCGCCACAUAGAAGCUGAAAAGGCCUUGUGGAAAGGGAGGAAUAUCUUCUACCCCAUGAUCUUACGCAACUACAGGGCAAAGAUGCCCUUUCAUCCAGUGUUGGCCCCGAAGGGGGAUGCUCAAACCCCGAGCUCCUAUCAUCCUCUCCUUCCGGGCGCACAGACUCCCACUCCCGCCCCUCACCAGCUCCCUGCCCACCAUCUGCACUUCGGCCGGAGAUCUCAGGACUGGAAGGCAUCCAAGAAGACCAUCAAGUUGCAUUAUGCCUUCUGUGAUGGGUCCUCCUUCGUUUACUAUCCUUCUGGAAACAUCGCCAUGUGUCAGAUCCCCACGUGCUGCAAAGGGAGAGCCAUCACUUGCCUCUUCAGUGACACACCCAGCUUCUCCUUUCUGGCUCUGUUCAAUGCAGAAGGCCAGGGCUGUGUUCACUACAACAUGAAGGCCCGGUGCCCGUACGUCCUGAUCUUGGAUGAGGAAGGUGGGACCACCAAUGACUACAAGGGCUUUGUAGUCCACAAGUGGAGCUGGACUUCCAAGACGGAGACUUUGGUGUCCCUGGAAUAUAAGGUGAAUGAGCAAAUGAAGCUGACGGUCCUGGGGCAGGACUUCAUCACGGCCACCUUCACCUCCCUGGGCGAGACAGUAACGCUCACCGUCUCAGCCAGCAACUGUCCCCACGGGGCAGCACAUGGUAAACGGCUGGCCCACAGGAUCGGCAACUUGGACGACAAGGUGUCUAAGAUGAGCCGAGCCCUCGCAGAGAUCAAGAAGCGGUUUCGAAAGACGGUGUCCCUGUUCGUGAAUUCUGUCUUGCUGGCAGCAGGCCUGUUCACAUUAAAGUAUCCGCUUAAGGAACAGCGAGAAGUCGAUCGAACCAGGGUAAAAUCUGGGUUCCAUAUUGAGUGGAGCACUAAGCUAAGUUUACACCCUGGAGAAGCCCCUUUAUUACGAUCUCAGUCAGCCCGACCGGAAUCCUCAGUGGGAAACUCUUUGAAAGAAGAGCCAAGGUCUGCCCCUGUGAGCCCCACUCGGAAGAAGACCAUGAUCCAAGCCAAAGCCUCAGUCACAUCCAGAGGGAAGGCCUGGCAGGUGCGCAGCCCCACCAGGUGGGCAACCUCACCCUCUGACUGCCCGCUGAUGCUGCGGAAGCUCAUUUGCAAGGAAGACAUCCAGGCUGGCUGCAAGUGCACGAUGAAGGCACCACUGGUAUCUGAUGUGGAGCUCGAGUACUUCCUGUCGGCACCCCGAGAUCCCAGCCAGGUGCUAGUGGUCGGGAUUGUCUCAGGCCAGCACCCUGCCAGCACAGCAGAGCUUGAGUGGCUGCUCGACACACUCUACAGUCACCGCCAACAGGGCCGUGCCUCACCCUGCAUCCAGUGCCUGCACGACCCCUACCGCCUGCUGCACUACGACCUGCACAGCCCCCUGCAGAAGACGCCACCCCUGCUGGUGCAGAAGUAUGCUGUGGUGCAGGGGAUGGUUCUGAUGGUUGCUGGAGGGAGGCUCCUCUUCGGGGGCUGCGUUUUGAAUGGAUAUGGCUUCAGCAGGCAGAAUUUGCUGAAACAGAUCUUCCAGGCUCGACAUAACUACAAGAUGGGCUACUUCCUGCCAGAGAACUACAAAUUUAGCAUUUCAACCUCCAGUCCGGGCCUGGAAGACCCUGACUCAGCCAAGAGAGCAGUAUCAGAAGACAUCCAAGGAAGCUUCUCCUCGCUGGCCAUGGGGGAGAAGACGGAGAAGUCCUCCCCUGAGGCUGAGAAAGUGAAGCAGUUUGCAGUGGAUUUGCAUCAUCUCAGCAAAGCCAGGAGGGACAGUAAGAAGACAGCCGCCUGGAAGAAACAGGCCUCCAAGGAGUGAUGCUGCCCCUGCGGCCACCCGGAACACCAGGCCUGGACACUGCUCCUCCCGUACCCACCCUGGCCUCCCAGGCCCUGGCUUCCCAGUCUCCCACCCUCUUCCUCUGAGCCUCUAUGUAAUAAACAGACAUGCCUCCAGUGUCUGGGUGAGGCCGUGGGAUAGGCCGGUGCCCAAAGGCCAGAGGCCUCCCAACAGGGCAGUUCCAGGCUGAGCCUCAGGAACGCGGUUCCCCCGAAUACAGAGCUUCCUCUGUGGCCGGUUAAGUCAGCUGAAGAAUCUCCCACUGCCACACAAACAAAUGUCUCGCCCCAGGGGCCACUCUAAAUGACACAUUGAUCCUGGGAGGUCUAGAAUGGGACUGAACUGUGUCCUCCUGCCUUUCUUUGGGUGGGGAAGGGCUCAGAUUCUGGUCCAGGUGGAACACAGAGUGAGAGAGAGAAGGAGACAGAGAGAGAGAGAGAGUGUAGAUGGGAGAAGAGUCAAAGGAGAGGGUGAGGAGAGAGAGAACAGGGAAGGAAGGGAGGUGCUAAGAGGGUAGGAAGGAAGAACAAAAGAGGAGGGAGAAUACAGGGUAAGUGGAGGGAGAGGGAGGGGGCAUGGAGUAAGGUGGAAAAGGCAGUGUCAGGCCACAGGCAAGGACCUUUGGUGGCUCCUGGAAAGGCAGGGUCCUUGUAGCCCCCAUGUGCUAGCAUCCCCACCUAGCCCAGCCUCAGUGUCCUUUGGUGGACUGGGCACCCCUUCUCUGAGCUGGCAGACCCGAAGAAUCCUCCCCAUUUUCAUGGCCCAGAGAUGGCAGCCCCCUCUGGUAUGCCGUCUCCUCCUCGGCGGCACCUGAGGGGCAGACAGGACACCAGCUCGGGCUUGUUUGUGUGAGGUUCCCAAGAGACACUUCCCGGGAGCCUGGUGAGGAUCCCAGAGGGUCUGCCUUGUUCUGCAAAUCUUCAGGCCCUGAUCUAUGGGUGGUGUUCAGUGACAUGCUCUACAUUUAACUUUUUAAAUCUGAGUUUUUUUAGAUUUAAUUUUCAUCCUUUGUCUUAUUGAAAGGCUUUUUUAAAAGUUAGACAUUUGUCCCCCUAGAAAUGUACUUGAAAUGACAUGCUGUGUUCUUAAGGCUGCAUCCUUUGAUACCUAAGGGCCUGGUAUUUAUUAGGGUCUGGAAGCCUAGCCACUUUUCCCUCUACCCCUCCUGAGCAUGAGGACGCACGAGAAUCCGAAGGCAAGGAGAAGCAAGUUCCGCCUCUGUCCUGGUGUGCAGGCAUGCUCUGGCUCCUCGGGCAGGACUCUGAUAGAGGUCGAAGUGGAGAUAGCCACUCACUCUUGGACCUUCCACCCUGAAUCCGACCUUUGGGUCUGUCUGCUCAACUCUGCACUUCAGCAGCCGCAUGCAUAGGGAGCACAGGGUAGGCCUGUGCCCAACCGAGGGUGCUCACCAUGCUGAAAUGGGGCCUACAAGCUUCACACAGGCAGUAAUGCCUCCUGCUGGUGGAACAGGGCCCAGCAGAUGUCCAAUGCUACAUAAUCAAAUUGUCCCCUGCAGAGGAGGGAGAAGAGGGAAACAGCAGGAAAAGGGGAUGAGGCUUUACCCCCCAACAAUGCCCAACAAACCAGGCACGAGGGGAAAGUGUGAGAUUAUCUGACAAAGUCAUAAACUCUUGUCUGACUAGAGUAGCUGGAUUUUUCCUUCAAGCUCUCUUCUGUCAGAGUCCUUGGCUAUAGGGAAGUCCAAGGCUUUCUAAAGUACAAAGGGGUGGCAUGACUCAAGUGGAUGCUCCAAAGAUGGCAAACAUAUUACACACAGGCUGCUUGCAGGCAUCUUUAACCAAUCACAGUGCUCUGCACCCAGGUGAUGCCUCAGAAUCCAUCUUCAGCACAAAGGACCAGGCAGCCACUACCAGUGGUAGUUAACUUGGCCAGUCUUGGCCAUCCAUGGAGUUAACCCUCUCCUCUGCCUGGUAAGUUUAAAGGAAGACUUCUUAAGAGGAAGUGAUGGUAGACUUAAAGCUAGAGUCUAGAGGGGAGGUUUUAUUAGGAGGCCUUGCUGUGUGUUGUCUGUGCCAGCAGGGAAGGGGUGAUCUGAUUACUCCCAGGUACCCGGCUGGCCGGGGAAAUGUAUAAUGGUCCCAGGGCCUCUGGGAAAUGGGAGCAGAAUCUCCCCUUACCACUGAGCACUCAGUUCUCAUCACCCUGGUUCUUCAGGUUCCCCCAGUAGAAGGCCCAGGAGAGGGGAAGACCAUGAAUAUGCUCUGAGUCAAAGAAAAUUGAAGCCAGAAGGAAACCCAGCCAUCAAGGAUUCCCAUGGAGAGGUACAGUUGAACAUGAGCUCACAAUCUGAAGUUUAAAGAUACAGGCCAAAGCAAAUGAAAACAGAAAUACCAGACAUUAGACAUCCAAGACUUUGGAUAUUGGAAUUGUCAGAUGAAUGUGUUUUCAACUAUUGAAUGAAGGAACUAAGAACAUAAACAAGGAACCAGAUAUGAUCAAACAAAAAAGAGAUGGACUGAAUUUUGCCACCAGACAUGUUGGAGUAUAACUGGUACUGGAGUCCUCCUGACACAACUAGCCAGGACAAGGAAAACUACGUUAAGUUCAGCAAUCCCCCCAACUUUCUGCGAAAGGUGUUUUCUGGAUCUUGGUGUAGGGAAGGAGAAAUCAAGCAGCAUGUAACAGUAUUGUUGAACUGAGGAGAGAAAUCAACUAUUAGGGGAGACAAUGGUGAAUGGAAUUUAUGGGCCAGGGUAUCAGAGAAGAGGGAGGUAUGCAGAGAGAACUCUAAUCUGCAUAGGGGUGUCCUUGAGUCUUCAGCUGAAUGCUAAACUGUACAUGUUUAAAGGAUGGUUUCAUGAGAUCAGGUUAAGAACUACAGUGGAGCUGUGAACCUACAGCUCACAGAUGGUUGGGAGACAAUCAGUUCCAACCAAUUAUAAGUAGAUGCCUGGGCCUUUCAGUGGAGACCCCAGGAAAACUAAGGCAUAGAAGUAGGGAUAAACUAGUGUUGGAGUAAAGGCUAAUCUAGACUCUCUCUAGUAAAAUUUAAGAACAAUCCUUGACAAAAAUACAGAGACAGAAAAAAUAGACAAGUUGGUUGCCUGGGGGUGGGAAAGAGGAUAACUGCAAAGGGCAUGAGAGAAUUUGUUGGGGAGGAGACGAUGGUACCUUCUAUCUUGAUUAUGACAGUGGUUACCUGAUUGUAUGCAUUUAUCAAAACUCAUAGAACAGUACACCUAAAAGAGUGAAUUUUUGGUAUAUGGAAACUAUACCUUAAUUUAAAAAUUAUAAGAAAACAAGCCCUGAAGGGAUCAAGCUGAUCUUCAAGUAAAUUGAACUGCCUGAAAAAAGCCAACCCUCUUUAGAGGAAACAAUGCAGUAUGGAUACAAUAUAACAACAUGUCAUUCACAGUGCCUGGCAAGCAUUUAAAAAGAUCUCUGGAUAUGAAGAAAAAGAAAAAAAGUAAGCCGUGACCAAAAAACAAAACAAAACAAAAAGAGGCAAUAGAAACAGAUGUAGAAAAUAUAGAAGUGAUGACAAUUGCAGGCAAGAUCUUUACAGCAGACAUAAAUGUUUCAAAUGUCUUAAUGGAACAGAAUGAGAGAAAUUGAAACUGUACAAACAACUGGAUGAAAUUCUGAAAAAUGUGCUGGGUAACAGUAACACCAGCUUAGACACUUUAGAAGAAAAGUUCACUGAACUUGAAGACAGGGUAAUAGAUAAUAAGCAAGAUAAGGCUGAUGGGGAAAAAGUCUGAAUAAAUGAACAGAACCAUAAUAACCAGUGAGACAACAUUGAGUACUUUAUGUAUAAUUGGGCUACCAAAAGGAAGAAGUGAAAUGAUGGUUAGAAAAAACUAUUUGUUGUAACCAAGACCAAAUAUUUUCCUUAUUUUUUUUUUUAACAAUGAGGACCUUAAUCCCAAGCAGGGUAAACACAAAGAAAAUACUGCUAAGGUACACCAUGGAUAUAGAUUAUGAAAAUUGAUGAUAAAGAGAAAAGUCUUAAAAGGAAUCACAAAGACUCAUUACAUAGUGAAGAAAAAAAUGAAUGCUGAUUGCUCAUCUAGAACAAUGAAAGUACUAAAACAAGGCCAUCUACAAUUUUUAUAUCCUGCAAAAAAUUCUUCAAGAAUGAAAACAGUAAUUAAUCAUCAUAAUACAAUAAAUGCAAAUGGUUAAUUUAGCAAUAAAAAAUAGAGACUCACAUACAAAUACAGUGGAAUAUUAUUUUGCCAUGAAAAAUAAAAUACGAACACCUGCUACAAUGUAGAAUGAACCUUGAAUGUGCUUGGUGAGAGGAGCCAGAUACAAUAGCUACAUACGGUAUGAUUUAACAUAUAUUAAGUGUCCACAAUACACAAAUCUCUAGAGAUAAAAAGAGUGGUUGGUAGGGAAUGAGGAAGAGGGGACUUACAGUGGAAAUGAUUACUUAUGGGCAUGGGGCUUCUCUUUGGGGGUGAUGAAAUGCUCUGGAAUUAGAUAAUGAUAACAGUUGCAUAAUAACAUUGUGAAUAUACUGAAAGCCACUGAAUUAUACACUUUAAAAUGGUUAAAAUUGGGAACUUUAAUUGUUUCUAAAAACAAAUCAUUGCUGAGAAAAAUUAAAGAUUUAAAUAAAUAGAUACGCCAUUUCAUGUGUUGCAAGACUCAAUAUUAUU